CAAAAAUAUCACAUUUUAUAAAGAUUACUGAAAAUGACAGAUAUAAUAAGAGUAUUAGAACUUUAUAGUGGUAUAGGAGGAAUGCAUUGUGCACUUCAAGAUAGUGGCAUCAAAUAUGAAGUGGUAGCAGCAAUAGAUGUAAAUACAACAGCAAACAAGAUUUACAGACACAAUUUCAAAGGAACUUACCUUAUAGAAAACGGCAUAGAGAAACUGACAGUAACACAGAUUGAUCGAAUGAAGAUAGAUAUGAUACUGAUGAGCCCUCCUUGUCAACCAUUCACUAGAGUUGGAAAAAAACUAGAUGUUGAUGAUCUCAGGACAAAAUCAUUUCUUCAUCUCUUAGAUCUGUUACCUCAACUGACACAUUGUCCAUCUUACAUUCUAGUAGAAAAUGUCAAAGGAUUUGAAGAGUCACAAACUCGAGACUUGCUUAUCAAAGCUUUACAGAAAUGUCAAUUUCAUUUACAGGAGUUCAUGUUGACACCAUUACAAUUUGGAAUACCAAACUCAAGACUGAGGUACUACAUGAUUGCCAAAAGACUUCCAGUCAAUCCAAAUUAUUCAUGGUCAAAUACUGAACAACUUUGUUACUCAGUACCUAGUGUUGUGCAGCCUUACUUAAGGUACAAAAUACUAUGUGACACAGAAAAUAGAUGCUACCAUACUGACAAGGGAGCUAAUCCUGACAUGAUCUCAACGCUCACCAGCAAAAAAGAAGAAACAAAUAGUUUAUCACAGAACUCAGACUGUGAAAAUAUGACUGAAUCCAAAUUAGAUGAGUGUACUGGGUGUUCUAAAAAUAAAUGUGAAGAGGAAGACUGGAUGCUUGUCAGUCAUAAUGAUGGAGAAGGUGAUAGUUCAAAAACAAACAAGGGACCAGUUUUGGCUAAAAGAUUAAAAACCAAACAUUCAUAUGAUACAGCAGAAGAAAAACAUUCAAAUGAAGAUGAUUCAAAACCAUUGUGUUUUAUGUGUGACAAUGAAAGCAGAUUAAUGGAAGAAAGUCAGUUGUUGAGACAGGAUGAUGAAACAGAGACAUACCAUGGUAAAUGUCUACAGCUACAUCAUUUUCUGGAGAAGCAGUCAGCAGAAUACUUCAACAAACACAAAUUACCUGACAAAGAUCUGAAGAGAUUUAUUGUAAUGGAUGUCGUGUUUCCAUGUAUUAGGAAAACUAUCUGCUUUACCAAAAGGUAUGGUCACUAUAUGGAGGGAGCAGGAUCAAUUAUCCAGAUGUCAACAGAGCCGGAGGAUGUUACUGGAGCAUGUCAGUUGAAAAAGGAGGCAGUAGAAAAGAAAAAUAACAAGAAUUGGGGAGAAAAAGAAAUAGCCAUAAUUAGAAAAUUACAACUGAGAUACUUCACUCCAAGGGAGAUAGCAAACCUUCUUUGUUUUCCAGAAACAUUUGAUUUCCCUGAAGAUGUUUCCACAAUACAAAAAAACAGAGUGCUUGGGAACAGUCUAAAUGUACAUGUAGUAUCUGUCCUGAUUAGACUUCUGACAAUGAAAUAAUCAACAUCAGUGUACAUAUGAUUUUCCUGUUUUUGUGACAUACUUGUGAAUCUCCUUUCAUUUGACUGCUGAAGUGAUUUAAAAAGUAGUCCUCAUAUAAGUGGGGUCUGGUACAUUAGACUCUGUACUCAAAACAUUUGUUUAUUAUUU